UCCACCUACUUUCCAUCCAAAUCAAUAAAAAAUUUAAAACACAAGCAGUAUAUUAAUACAUUCUAAAAAAAUGGGUCAAAAAGGAACAAACCCAGGCCGUUGGGUUAAAUCAACUCAGAAAAUAUUUAUAUUUGACCCAAAAAUGGGUUAAAACAACCAAGCAUAGGUUAAAUUACAACCCAAACACUUUUUUACUCUGAUUUUAUGUCAUUUAUAAUAUUAAAAAAAUCCUAAUUAUUUUAAAACAGGUUAGUCUUUAUAUAACAUAAGCCACUUGGCUGGGGUAUUUUUGGCUGGGGUAUUUUAACCCAUGCUGGGUACAUAUUGGACAGAGCACACCCCUGGGUUAAAACUGACCUGAUGCUGGGCUAUUUUAACCCAAAUGCUGGGUCAUUGUUGCACAACAACCCCACAUUUAAUGGUCUGUUUGUCUUUGUCCUGACCUCUGCAGAAAUUUCCUCUCGGUCAUCAAUGAUCCAGUUCAACUGCUCAUCACCAGAUCCCCUGUACAUAACAGUGAACACAUCAUGGUGCCCCGAAGGGACCGAGUGUCUCAGCGCAGAGGACAUGGCGGAUCUUUGCCUGAGUCGCAGUGCUUAUUUGGAGAAGAUCCUGGGGUCUUGCCGUUCUCCUUUCUUCCUGCCCAUGUGUGUGAUCUACCUGCUUAUCUUUGUAGUGGGUGUUCUGGGCAACAGCCUGACUUGUACUGUCAUCGCCCGGCACCGCAUCAUGCGCACGACAACAAACUACUACCUGUUCAGUUUGGCGAUUUCUGACCUCUUGGUGCUAUUGCUGGGUCUUCCAUUAGAGCUUUAUGAACUCUGGAGCAAUUAUCCGUUUCUGUUAGGAGCUGCCGGCUGCUACUUCAAGACCUGCCUGUUUGAAACGGUCUGCUUUGCUUCAGUGCUCAACGUGACCGCUCUCAGCGCAGAACGUUACAGAGCAGUAGUGCAUCCCCUCCGUGCCAAAUACUCAGCGACGAAUGCCCAUGCCAAGCGUGUCAUCAUUGCAUUAUGGGUAGUCUCUCUAUUGUGUGCUUUGCCCAAUACCAGUCUACAUGGCAUUGCAAUGGUAAAACCCCGUUUUGGACUCACGUUCCCAGAGUCGGCCGUCUGUGCUCUAGUGCGUGACACCUGGAUCUACAAUUUAUUGGUGCAGGUGACGGCACUGCUGUUCUUCGUAGUGCCCAUGCUGAUGAUCAGUGUGCUGUAUGUGUUGAUCGGCCUGCAGUUGCAUCGAGAAAGAGUGUGUUUCGAGUCAACAGCUGGUCUCAGUGAAGACGGAUUGCAUCAAAGGGCAAGUCAUCGCCAAGUCAUUAAAAUGCUUUGCGCAUUGGUGAUCGUGUUUGGAAUCUGCUGGGCACCGUUUCACAUUGAUCGAGUCAUGUGGAGCUACAUAGACACCUGGACUGCAGAGCAGCACAGCGUCUAUGAGUAUGUGCAUCUUCUGUCUGGUGUCUUCUUCUACCUGGGCUCAGUGGUCAAUCCCAUUCUGUAUAACCUCAUGUCUUCACGCUUCAGAGAUAUGUUUCGUGAGGUGGUGUGUCAAAAACGCAAACGUCAGCUAUCCAUAAGUAAGGUCACAUUACGUAGUGUUGUUUCUGGCACGCUCUCUGCCUCUCGUUCUUCCUCGCUCUCUGUGAAGUUUCACCCGCGUGGACUGCCACAACCUCACUAAACACUACUGAGAGAUUACUUGUAAUCGAUGCCAAAUCACUUGUAGCUGCUUGGUAGUCAGAGCACUUGAUAUAAAUUAAUUUAAGUUAACAUAAGUUGUAGUGAUUAAAACACUUUAAUAGUAACAUGGGGAGUGUACACUUUAUUAUAAUAAAAAAAAAAGUUUCAUAUGAUAAUAAAAGACUUUAUGACUCUGAAGGCGUAUGCUUGAGCGAUCUAAGUUCUUGUAUCUGUGCAAACAUUGAUUAUUUUGGUUUUUUUUUAAAAACACUUUGGAAAAGGGAGUCGGGCAGAGUACCAAAACGCACUUGUAGCCAAUCAGCAGUAAGGGGCGUGUCUGCUAACAUUGUUGCUUGGGUUGUGUGUGGGGCGGGUCUAUCAAAAAAAGGUCCAGAUUCUACUGGGCUGUGUUUAUUUAGGUGAUUUCAAAUAUCAACAUUGGCUUUCAGAGAUCAUGCACCCCGCCUUUAAAAUGAAUGACUUGGACUAAAUAAGAGCCAUUAACAGGGUUUCAAUACUGUUUUAAAGCAGGAUGCAACAUGGUUGAUAAAUUGGUUGAAUUUUUUUACAAAUUCUAGGCCAUUCUUGACUAGACUUAAGAUACUUAAAUAAAGCAGUUAUCAUUUAUUUUGGAUAUUCAUUACAAUUCCUAUUUGUAUUAUCCCACUGUUUAGAUAAAUUUACUAAUUCUAAAAUGUGGGAAACAGUAUGAGCAAGUGACUUAACUAAACUUCUAAACAGUAAAUAAAUAUGCCUUUGUGAAACAUCACAUUUUAAUGGCUAUAUGAUACUAUAUUUUUUGUACUUGAUUUUUGAUGCUGUACUUUGGGGCAUAAUGAUCUAAAUAAUGUCUAUUUUAAGGCGAAGUUCAAAAGUGUUCCUGUAGCUAUAGUUAGGUCAUGGGUUCAAUACCCAGGAAACACACGUUUGUAUUAAACAUAAUGUACUGUAAGUUGCUUUGGAUGAAAGCAACUUAAUAGUCAAAUCUGAACUUUGAAGCACUUAAUAGUAUCCAAUUCCAUAAACAUUAUUUAUGUUUUACAUGUUUGUUAAUUUUUUUAUUUAAAAAUUUAUUUAUUUUGUUUUUAAGAAAUCUAAGUUUAAAAAAAAUCUGUAUCUAUAUUUCUACUAUCCCUUAUGUUCCAAUACAAAGAACAGAAAAGGAAAAACGGUUGCAAUU